GAUAUGCUGCUUUCUUUUGAAAUUUGCGAUGACAUCAUCUCAAUGUUGAAAAUAAAAAUUGAAACUCACAACAAGGAUUAUGUUCGUCUUUUCAAUGACACUCUGAAACCAAAACAUCAUAAUUUAACUCAUUAUCCUACUGUUCUGAAACAAUCCGGACCCAUUCGGAACUUUUGGUGUUUUAAAUUUGAAGCUAAGCAUAAAGAAUUUAAGCUUUAUGCUCAUGCUAUUACGUCUCGUAAAAAUAUUUGUGUGACCCUAGCAAAAAAAUAUCAGCUAAAAACAGCAUUUAAGUUAUUUAAUACCCUAGAUCACUUUCACAGCAUUUUUUUUAUCUGUGAAGCAAAUAAAAAAGAAAGUAAUUUUAGAAAUCUUGUAUCAGAUAUUUUGAAAGUACCGUCAGCGGACAUAGAGUUUUACUCUAAAGCUGAAAUCCAAGGCUACAAAUACCAAAUAAAAUUUUAUGUAGCCCAAUUUAAAUCAGAUGUAGAACUGUUUGUUAUAAUAGACAUUAUUCUUUUGAAAAAAAAAAACAGUUUUCUUGUUUUGCCAAAAAAUUAAUAAAAUUCAAUACAAUCCGCAUUUAUUAUCUUUUGAAAUCGACGAAAACGAGUUAGGGAGAUUUUCAAUUAUAUCUUUAAAAGAUCUCAUUGGUCCACCAAUAACCUUAAUAAAAACUGCUGAAGGUAAAACGGUUAUAAGACUUAAGGAAUAUUUUGUUUCUAAUUAUCAGAUAUGAAUCGACGAGUCAUUAUUUUCCAUUUCAUUAAUCAAAUUUGUCUUAUCAAAUAUAAAUUAUAAAUAAUUCAAAAUAGCUUUCAAAUAUAGUAUUUAAUAACAGAUGAUUCAAAAAUAUACAUAUUAACUCAACUUUCAAUGAUACAAAACUAAAUAUAACAACUAGUGAAAACUCUGACAUAUUUAAAAUAUUCUGUUAAACAAUGGAGUAGGUUUAAUCUAAGGAAAUGGCAACGCCGCCGACCAAUAUUACUGAAGAUGAAGUUUUCGAUGAGUAUGUGAUUGAGGAUGAAAAUGAAAAUCAGGAUGAGGACGAGGAUGAGAAUGAGGGUGAGGGUGAGGAUGAGGAAAACAUUGAAAUUAUAAAGAAUUCAGUAGAGUUACCAUCAUCACAAUAUGAAUUGGAUUCAAUUUUAUCAAGCUGCCAAAAAACGACUAAUAUACGAGUAGUAGAUGAUGAACUCACAAAUUUAUUAAAAGAUUGGGGUCACCUGGAAGUUUUGGAUCAUUUCAAGAAGGAACACAUAGAUAUUGAGGUUUUGAAAAAUAUUGAGUGCCACCACCUGGGAGAAAUUAUGAAACCGUUUUCGUACGGAAAAUUGAUUUUGUUUGAGGCCAAAUUAAAAGAGUGGCGAAGCGCGCUUGGAAAGCCGCUUUUAUUGUACCAAACUUCAUUUAGGCCGCUUCAAAACUCACAAUGCUCAUCUGAAGCAUCUUUCUCGGUCGUAUCGACACCGACCACGCCAAAAUCAUCUAGAUCAGAAAAUUCUCCGAACUCCAUACCUUUAGGCGAAAUUUUGAACAGCAAUCCCAAAACUUUGGCAUUAGCUGAAAGCUAUGAGAAGUCGAAAAAAUUUCAGGAACACCAAAGGAAAGAACUUAUCAAUGCAAUAGCCAUUUAUUUUGACCAGAACAACCUUCAUUUGGAUUUACAUUCAAGUUACAAAAUUGAACAGGAGAUUUUAGAAAGAUUCCCGACUGAAAAAUUGGAAUAUUAUCGAACAAGUAAAAGGGGUAAAAUUUACGCUAAGUUUUGUAACAUUAAAUCCUCUUCAAGAACAAAUGUAACGAAUAAAUCCCCUUCGCCGAAAGUUGAACAAAAUGAAAAGGAUACUCUUGAAAUAAUUUCAGAAGAAGAUGCAGAGCAAACAUAUCGGGCAUUAAAAUAUGAUAACUUGUCAUGUGAGGAGUUUGAACGUAGCUGGAAGGCAUGUAUAAACCACAGACUCUUGGAAAUAAAAAACGCUUCUUCCACCUCUGAGAUUCUCAAUAAAUGGCCUCAGUAUAAGCUUCCAUCUGGCCAUCGCUUUGUUGAUAUAGACUAUAGUUAUUUGUAUCCAAAUGCCGGCUCAUUUUUGAACAAUUGGGAAACACUGGGGGAAAAACUUCUUAAAUUUCUCUCUACUGAUAACCGUGUCAAGGAAAAGAAUAUACGAGAGGUUCUAAUCAAAAUUAAAACAGCAGAUUCAUCUGAAAACUGUAAAGAUGCGGCAUUACUUUGGGCUCUGCAUGGAUACUUUGUACCUUUCCAAAAAGUUAUAAAAAAAGACAUAGAUGGUAGAAAACACGUUAUACGACAUACCAUCAAGGACUCGCAGAAUUCAUUCGUUUGGAUAGGCAACACAAUUCAAGCUAUAGAAGACCAUAUUGCCUUCCUCAACAAAAUGGGUGAGAAUAUCCAACCAUUCAUUAUUGUUGACGGUGUGUCAAUCUUGAAUUUUUCUGAAAUUUUUCUCUAUUUUGAUGGAGUUAAAUUUCCGUUUAACAGUUUCAUCCGAGCAGUGGAUAUCUGUUACAAAAUUUUUUAUUUAUUUAAUCUGGAGUACCCAACCGCUUGUUCCUCCUUUUGGGGUUUUAUAGAAACGCAAUACCAUCAAGGUAAUAAAAAAAAAUUGUGCGGAAAGACUCAUGUUUUGCUUAAUGAGAUCUCAUAGUUUCACUGAAUUUCACUUUACUUUACUGAUUGUUUCACUUUAUUUAUUUAAAAAAAAGUAUAGGUAUGCAAAGGCUCAUGUUUUGAUAAAAUCCUUAUAAUUUAACUUAAUUCCACUCCUUAUAAUUUAUUUGACUGAUUAGAAUGUAAUUUAAAUGAAGAUAAAUUAAAUAAAAAAAUGUAUGAA